UUAUAUCUUAUGAAAUAUACGGAAGAGAUACGGACUUAGAAAAAACAGAAAUGUUGUUCUUUGUGGAAGUCAUUGAUGAAAUUCUAUGUAUUUUAGCCCGCAAACUUUCUUCAAACAAAAACAGCGCCAUCUAGUAUCGAGUUCUGUAAUUAUCUCUUUGUUUAUGGAUUUGAAGUAAGACCGCCACGCAUGCAAUACAUUAUGACUGGGGAUUCCCCUAUUCGUCGACGCUGAAUAUGAGGCGACGACAAUCACUGUCAAACGUGUUCACUAUUACUCUGACUCUGGUAACGUGACUUCCUGGUAACGUGUUAGGUAGGAAAAGCAGUAAAAAAGUGCAUAUUAAGGGAGCAGAUUUGAAAUAAUAUUUAUACUUAACAAGAAAUAAUUAAAGGUUCAAUGGGGAGACCUAAAGAUUUACGCAUAUGGGAGCACUACCGUACUUUACCAAACAAGUCUGUUUCUUGCAAGCUUUGUAAUAAGGUCUACAAAUUCAGUAAUGCUGCCAAAAUGCUUCAACAUCUUAUCACUUGUCCAAAAUCUCCAGAAACAUUAAAAGACUCUAUGAAACUUAUAAAAGAUAGCUCGUCCAAAACCAAAAUGUCUGGACUGUCAGAGAUAGAGACAAAUGAUUCUUUUAUAAGCCCCUCGUCGUCUGCUAACACUACAAUAAAUGCUGAGUUUCAAGACACCGAUGAUCAUAUAAAAACAGAAUUAGCGAGAGCUAUAUUUGUAACAGGGACGCCAUUAUCGAUGGUGCAACAUCCUUUAUGGAUACAAUUUUUCGAAAAAUUGCAACCAAAAUUUAAAAUACCUUCACGUAAAGCUUUAGCGACAAAAUACUUAGAUAAAAUAUAUAGAGAAAUGCGUUUUGAGUUAAAUGAGGAACUAAAUGCUUGUAGUUACUUACACCUUCAGUGCGAUGGCUGGUCUAAUUUAAGAAAUGAAGGAAUAAUAAACUUUCUUAUAUCAAAACCUCAACCUGCAUACGUUAAAAGUUUGAAUACAGAAAGUAAUCCUCACACUAGUGAAUACCUUAGCCAAGAAGUUGAAAAAGUAAUGAAAGUGUAUGGAGCAAAUAAGUUUCUUGUACUUAUUGGCGAUAACGCUAGAAAUAUACAAAAGGCAUUCGAAUUAACAAAACUCAAAUAUCCACAUGUUGUUCCUCUCGGUUGCUGUGCACAUAUCCUUAACUUGUUGUGCCAAGAUAUUGUAAAGAUACAAGAAGUAACUGUGUUUAUUAUGCAAGCCAUAAAUAUAAUAAAAACUGUUAAAAGGAGUCAACGAUUAAGUUCCUUGUUGAUAAAAUCAAGGCAGGGUGAAGAUUCUACACAAACACUAAAAUUGCCUUGUGCUACAAGAUGGGGAAGUCAUGUUACUUCGUUAAAAAGUUUGAAAGCAAAUAAGAUAGCUUUGCAAAUAUUAACAGUUAGAGAAGAUGUGGUAAUUUCAAGAGAUAUUAAAGAUUUAAUUCUAAGUGAUGAUUUCUGGACGAAGACAGGGGAAUGUAUAAGUAUUUUGGAACCAGUCACUGAAAGCAUAUUUUACUUAGAGAGCGACCAGAAUCGUUUGCAUCGCACAUACAUUACAUUUAGAGAUGUACAAGCUAAGAUACGUUUUGCAUUAAAUGAGAUUUCGACAUUGAGCGAAGAAAGCAAACAGCAGAUUCUAACAUCAGUAUCUUCAAGAUGCAAUAUGGCAAUGAGGCCAAUACAUUUUGCAGCAUAUAUUCUAGACCCCAGGACUCUAGGAGUCGAACUUACUCAAGAGGAAGAACUUAAGGGUAUGGAGUUUAUCUACAAUUUAAGCCAACACUUAAGUUUGUCAAAUGUAAUGGCAGAUUUGGCGUGUUAUAAAGCUAAAGAAAACUUUUGGGCCAGAGGAUUUGUAUGGAGCUCAUUAGAUAGCAUUGAGCCCCUAAUAUGGUGGAAAGGUAUUUGUGGUUCCACUGAGUUAAGCAAAGUAGCGAUUCGUAUUCUAUCAGCUCCCUGUACUUCGGCAGCCACUGAGCGUUCCUUUAGUAUCCAAGGCUACAUACAUAAUAACAAAAGAAAUCGACUUACAACUGAAAGAACUGAAAAAAUUUCAUUCAUUUGUUAUAACUGGAAUCUUAAACAUAAAGCUGAAUGCGAGGACAUUCAGUUUAAUGAAGAAAAUACCUUAGAAGCUUUCAUUGAGCAAGUAAAUGAACAUAACAGUUUAGACGAAAUAGAGCCUAUCGAACCUAUACAAUUCAUCGCUUGUAAUAACUCUGAAUCUGACAGUGAUUGACUGUAGUUUUACAUUUUACUUUCAUCUCUUUCUUAAUAAACUCAAAAUCAAAUUAAAAGUUUUUUAUUCUGUAGGCUGCAUAAUAAUAUUGUCUAUGUCCAGUAUAGUGGACGUCUUGCGGCUGAGAUGACGAUGAUGAAGUACAAAAUCAUAAACACCCAAAAAUUUGGGUGUUUAUGGGGUUUAAACCCAAUAAACCCAAAACACCCGGUUUUUACCCACCAGACUUUAAACCCACCCAGGUGGAUUGCCCAUCUCUAGUUGCC